AUGACGUUCAAGAAGAAGACGUUCAAGCAGCGCAUUCGCACGAAUGACAUGAAGCAGAGGCACCAGAUUGGCUUCAACUUGCGCAGGCGCAUAGGUGCCGCUCGCCGCAUCUACAACCGUUACGACUCUGUAGACGACGGGGCCCGGCCGAUGGAGGUGAUCAUGUCGGAGAUUGCAGAAGGUACUGCAGUGCCCAGUCAAGAGGCGUGUCUGGACCCCCGCCGUCUGACAGACCUGCUGCUUCGCCCAAGUGAGACACCCGUGGGCCACAAAAGCGCAUCAGCGAACGCCAACGCCGCCACCCCUUCUUCUGCUGCUGGGUCGACGUCGAAUGGGAGCAGCCCUUCCCUGCCGAAGCGGAGAUCGUUGAGGCCGUCUGCAUGCCUCACCUCCGUCCCGCUUGCAGCCGAGAGGGUACUGCCGUCGCUGCCGUUAGCUGCGGAUGACCCGCUUGCCUUGCCGGAUACCCGCGUCUUCGAGGAGGAGGAGCGGCAGUGCCGCCUAGCGCAUGAGACGGCGGUGCGGCAGAAGGAAAACAAGAACCUGUACCGCCACAGCGGACAAGCGUAUCUUUUUUGGGAACGUAUUGGGCUUCAUCCUGCUCUCCUGAAGGCGCUGCGGCACCUGCAUUUCACCCACCCCACCCCCGUACAGGAGGAGGUGCUCCCAAACGUUCUGGCAAGGGGCAACGAGGAGCUCUCAAGGAAGCUGAGCAGCCAAGGGGAAAAGAGGAGCAAGAAGCAGAAGCGCGCCAGUGGCGCUGCUGGUAGGGUUGGCGAGGAUGUUGUGGUGUCGGCUGAAACAGGCAGCGGUAAAACGCUUGUGUUUGCGCUGCCCAUCUUGCAGGACCUGCUCACCAAACUGGACAAGGAGGAGGUUAGCGUCUCUACCCCUACUCCAUGGGCCGGAACUACCGGUGGGAGGGCGGCAGCGCUAGCGGGCUCGGACGGGGCUGCGGUACGGGCCGAACCACAAACGGGAUGCCAAAAGCGCAUCAUGCACUCCCUCAUCAUAUCCCCAACGCGCGAGCUCGCGCUCCAAAUCGACGCGGCGAUUCGGCAGCUGACCGAGUGUGCGCCUCAGAUCGUGGUGGGGUGCGUGGUUGGCGGAAUGGCCCAGGAGCGCCAGCAACGCGUCUUGAAUCGACACCCCCACAUUCUCAUCUGCACCCCAGGUCGCUUGUGGGACUUGGUGCAGAAGAACGAGGGGUGCUACCUCGGCCACAGUAUCAGCCGCCGCCUGCACUGCGUCGUGCUCGAUGAGGCAGACAAGAUGCUGCAGUCGGGUCGCUUCGACGAGCUGCAGACGCUACUGGCGCGCAUCCACUGCGAGGUGCUGCCGGCGGGCUUCGUGCAGGAUCGUGAGGAGGGUGCCGAGGCGGGCGAGUUCUCCGUCGAGAGCGGUCGCUGGGACCCUGAGACGGCGACGUUUAUUCCUUUUGACAAGGAGGAGGCGCCUCGAACAAGGUCAAGGCUGGUGAAGCAAAAGUUGGACGAGGGCGUUGCCGUGGCGACAGAGGCACCAGUGAAAACGACGCAAGGCAAGCGGCGCCCUCGCGAAGUGUGUGCGGCGGAAGACGUCUUGUCCAAUCCCACACAGAGGAGGAGGGGAGAGGCAGCCGUUACAGAGGCGGAAUCGGCAAAGAGGCAGAAGACAUGUAAGUCACUCGCGGAUGAGUCAGCCAGCGUGAGAGCGGAAGAGGAGGAGGGGGCAGACGACGAAGAGGAAAUGGAAGACGAGUAUGGCCACAGGAACGGCGAGACGGAGCGGGGUGGGACUCGCCGUAGAAAGGACGAACCGCAGCCUAUCCCGAUGCCGCCUGAGCCGGCUGCGGGGCACCGCGUCAUUACCUACGUAACCUCGGCCACACUGUCGCUGCAGACGAACUACGAGCGGCGCGACUUCUCAGCCCGCAAGAGUGUCAUUCGCACUUCGAACGCGGAUGUGCUGAACAAGGUGCUGCAGCAGCUGGAGAUCAAACCCAGUAACGCGCAGGUCUUUUCCCUGUCUGAGUCAGCCAACGUUGUUGCACGCAUCAACGAGACGUACCUUCGCUGUCCCGAGAAUAGCAAAGACCUGUACUUGUACUACUUCCUCAAGACUUACCACAACGAUCGCUCCAUCGUUUUUGUGAACGCCAUUUCCAUGCUCCGGCGCUUGGUAAAGCUGCUCGAGGUGCUGGAUAUUGCCGUGGUGGGCCUGCACGCCUCGAUGCAGCAGCGUCAGCGUCUUAAGUUCAUUGACAAGUUCAAGCGCGGUGACAUCCGCGUCCUGGUGGCCACCGACGUGGCAUCGCGCGGUCUCGACAUUGAUGGACUCAAGUACGUUGUCCACUACCAGGUGCCACGCACUACCGACGCGUACAUCCACCGCUGCGGACGUACGGCGCGCUGUGGCGGCACCGGCCUUUCCGUACUGCUCGUCAACGCUCAAGAGCACAUGUCGUUUCGCAAGCUCAUGGAGUCCCUCGGCCGCAAGGAGAGCGAGGUGGAGACGUUUGCAAUGCAGGCGACGGUGGUGCACCAGCUUCACAGUCACCUGCGUAUUGCGUGGCAGAUCGAUAAGCUUCAGAAAGAGAUUGGGAAGUCCCGCGCGAGCAAUCAGUGGGUAAAUCGCAUGACGAGGGAGGCGGACCUGGAGACGGACGACAUGUACGACGACACCGCAGACGCCGAGAAUCGCGACAAGCAAAAGGCCAUUCGUAUCUUACAGCGCGAGCUUCAGCUGCUGGGAAGGAAGUUCACGGGGCAGUAUGGCGGCAAGGGUGCCUUCCGCACGAGUGCAUGCGCUCUGGGCGCCGAACAAGCAGAGCAGCAGCUGAAGGUUCGCGCCGAUCGUCAGACGAUUCGCCUGAACAGCAAGAAGGACUUCGAAAAGAAAGACAAAGUGCACAAUUUGCCGCGUUCGCGGAGGCCGAACGAGUGA